AUGAUUUACAUUGCCAGGAGUCAGGGUGAUCGGAUUUUCAAGUUGGCUGGUAUCGGAGGUGACCAGUACUCUAGGACUUGGCAUGGGACGAGUGACGACUUACAGGUUUGGAAGGAUGGCCGCACUGGCGAAGAUCUUGUCGAUGCUGGAAUGAAGGAGCUCGCGCUCACAGGAUAUAUGAGUAUGCGGGCCCGCCAUAUAGUUGCCAGCUAUCUGAUCUACGAGCUGGGUGUGGACUGGCGCCACGGUGCUGCGCAUUUCGAAGAGCACCUGCUUGAUUACGACCCAGCUCUGAAUUGGGUGAUGUGGAUGUUACAGACCGGGGUGAUGGGUCCCAAGAGUGGGCGCAGUUUGGGUCUCUCACACUUUGAUGCCAAGCGGCCGUAUGCCUCCCAAAGGAAGACUCUUGCCAACCACGUCGCCGAUCGAGCAUACAUCCAGCAUUGGCUGACUGCGAGCAGUUCUUUGUACCAAGGUCGAUUUCAUCAGCGGCUUUCACCUGUCCAUCCUGCCUUGGCUGUUCGAAGCGGUGCAUGCGCUUCAAUUUCAACUCAUCAUGACGACCAUGAUGACCCAGGCAAGUAUCAGGCGCCGAGAAAGCAGUUCGGUGAGCCUGCGCUUGUGCAGCUGUCAGAAGGUGCGAGCAAAGGAAAGGGCAAGCACCGACGAUGGGAGCUUUGCGAUGCAAGCCUUGCUGGCGGUACACAGAAGCGCCGCUGGGGAAGAAAGGCAGAGACCGCAACGCACUCCGAAUUGACCCUUCCAGGUGCAUGA